AUGUUCACAUUCAAGCAGCCUCGAAGUGAGAUGGAUAAAUACAAGAUAUUAUCCAAGACUGCUGGAGUCAGAGUUUCUCAGCUCUGUUUGGGUGCCAUGAAUUUUGGUACCGCCCAUGAAGCUCGUCUCGGAAAAUGUACCAAGGAAGAAGCAUUCAAGAUCAUGGACACCUUUUGGGAAGCCGGUGGAAACUUUAUUGAUACUGCAAACAGUUACCAGAUGGGACAGUCUGAAGAAUGGGUCGGUGACUGGAUGUCUGCAAGAAAAAACCGUGAUCAGAUGGUCAUUGCGACCAAGUACACAUCCUUGUACCCCAACGAUUCUCCAAAAAUCGCUAUCAACUAUACUGGAAAUCAGGCAAAAUCUCUCCACAUGUCUGUUCGUGACUCUCUUAAGAAGUUGCAGACUGAUUACAUUGACAUUCUCUACGUGCAUUGGUGGGACUACACUACCAACAUUCAUGAGCUCAUGCAAUCUCUCAACCAUCUGGUCAGAUCCGGCAAGGUCUUGUAUCUGGGGGCCAGUGAUAUGCCUGCUUGGGUAGUCGCUGCCGCCAACACCUAUGCUCGAGAGCACGCUUUGGCUCCGUUCGUAAUCUACCAAGGAAAAUGGAAUCUUGCCGAACGAGAAUUUGAACGUGAUAUUCUCCCUAUGGUUCGAGCCUUUGGAAUGGCUCUAGCCCCAUGGUCUGUGCUGAUGGCCGGAACUACCAAAACCGAGGAACAAAACGACGCUGGAAAGGGUCGUGAACACAUUUUCCCCAGAUCUGCCAGAAAGAAUGAGACAAUUAAAAACGUCUUGGCCGCUAUUGAUGUGGUUGCUAAAGAGCUUGGUGCUACCCGUCAACAAGUUUGCAUCGCCUAUUGCAUCAAGAAGGAGCCCCAAACCUUCCCAAUUCUUGGCGGUCGUAAAGCGACUCACUUAGCUUCCAACAUGUUGGGAUUGUCCUUUGUGUCCAAGUUGACAGCAAAGCACAUGAAAGACUUGGAAGCUGCUUCAGACUUUGAUAUUGGAUUCCCACAUGAUUUCGUUGGUGCUGGCAAGAUCGCCGAUAACUUAAUUCUACGAGGCGGUGGACAUAUCGAACAACCACCGGAAGUCAUUUCUCAUCUUUGA